UAAAGAGAGAGACUAGAGAAAUGAAGGGUAGAAAAGGUGGGAAAUUGGUAUUCUUCAAUUUUCUGACGAAGAUGAAUAGAAUAUAGGGAAUUAUGGUAAACUGACUUCCAUAAUUCAAAGAUACUGCAGACAACUUGAGGCCUUGCCUUCCCUGCACUGGACUGGAAUACAACUGGGCAAAGGGCGGGGCCCAUAGCAGGGAGGAGAAUAAAGAGAAUUGUGAUGGAACUGGGUGGGGGCAGGGUUUGAAGGCUGUGAGUGUUGGACCCCAUAAUCACUUGGUCCAGAACAGGCAGUAGGCGUCAGGGGGCGCCCUAAGGCUCCACGGCAUGUGCCUGUACUGCUGGGACAUUGAGCCUUCCCAAGUCAGCCCUGAAGGACCAAGACAACAUCAUCCUUCAGAAGUCACUGAGCGGCAGCUUGCAAAUAAACGUAUUCAGAAUAUGCAAAACCUAAAGAAAGAGAAGAGGAGAUUGAAUAAAAGGUUUGCAAGGCCUUCUCCUAUUCCAGAACCAGGACUCCUAGUAAGUAUAGAGGUUUCACUAAAAUUAACACAUCAUUAAAUGCAACUGACAUCCUCAUUUUAAUUCAUGUAAUAUUCACUACAAAUUUUGUUUUUCCCUUUCUCUUUGAGAAAUUUGUAAUUUCAGUCUUAAAAGUCUUAUAAUCAAAGUCUCAUCUAUUAUUUAAAUAUCCUUUGCAGUCAUCUCCUGUAGGUGAUAUGGUUUAAUGAAAAGAGGAUUAUCUUUGAAACCAGGUUGUUCUGGACUCCAGUCCUUGUUUUGCCAUAUGUUCGAUG